CGAGGCGGAGGACCGUGUGCGGCGGGGCGGGUGGCGGGUAGAGGUGUGAGGGCGGCGAGGGACCUGAGGGGUAGUCGGGCCGGUGUGGCCGCCGCCGCCGCCAUGCAGGAAAUCAUCGCCAGCGUGGACCACAUCAAGUUCGACUUGGAGAUCGCAGUGGAGCAGCAGCUCGGCGCACAGCCGCUGCCCUUCCCCGGCAUGGACAAGUCGGGGGCUGCUGUCUGUGAAUUCUUUUUGAAAGCUGCCUGUGGUAAAGGGGGCAUGUGUCCAUUCCGCCACAUCAGUGGCGAGAAGACCGUUGUGUGCAAACACUGGCUGCGCGGGCUGUGCAAGAAGGGGGACCAGUGCGAGUUCCUGCACGAGUACGACAUGACCAAGAUGCCCGAGUGCUACUUCUACUCCAAGUUCGGGGAAUGCAGCAACAAGGAGUGCCCCUUCCUGCACAUCGACCCCGAGUCCAAGAUCAAGGACUGCCCUUGGUACGACCGUGGCUUCUGCAAGCAUGGUCCCCUCUGCAGGCACCGACACACGCGGAGAGUCAUCUGUGUGAAUUACCUCGUGGGAUUCUGCCCGGAGGGGCCCUCCUGUAAAUUCAUGCACCCUCGAUUUGAACUGCCAAUGGGAACCACCGAGCAGCCCCCACUGCCACAGCAGACGCAGCCUCCGACAAAGCAAAGUAACAAUCCGCCAUUACAAAGGUCGUCCUCCUUGAUCCAGUUAACGAGUCAGAACUCUUCUCCCAAUCAGCAGAGAGCCCCGCAGGUCAUCGGGGUCAUGCAGAGUCAAAACAGCAGCGCAGGCAACCGGGGACCCCGGCCGCUGGAGCAGGUCACCUGUUACAAGUGUGGCGAGAAAGGACACUACGCCAACAGAUGCACCAAAGGGCACUUGGCCUUUCUCAGUGGACAGUGACGGGAGCUGGAGCCAGCUCAGAGCAGCCCAGAGGGCCCACUGUUGGGAACCGCUCUGGGCCCUCGUUGGGAGCGUGCACUGAACUGUUUCACGCGUGUUGGUGGUGUUGGUGCCGCACUGGCCGGGGCUGGCAGGCAGGCACGCUGGGGUUAUCGUUCUGAGGGGCUACGUCUGUCAGUUUCCCUAUCAUUUUGCUGUAAUCUUUUCUUAAAAAGGGACAGGUGCUCUAGUUUGGGCCUUCCAAGUCAGCAUCAUGUUUGUCUAGCAUCCACACCUCCUGUCCGGAUCUCCCUUCACACCACCAAUCUGGGGAGGGGAGGAGGUCAUGGCGAAGGGCUUGUGCUAAGCAGGCUGUAUGGAAGGCAGCCCUUCCCCUCGAGGCCUCAUCAUUAAACACCAGUUCUUGGUGACUCCGGGGGCUGGUGGAUCAUUUAAAGCUUCAGCCAGGUCAUGCCUGCCUCCUCCAUGUCCUGCUGAAUUCAGAAGCUGUGCCUAUCGAUGUGAUUUGAACGAGGCAGCCCUUCAGGGCAGACUUAAGUGCACUUGUUGCCUCGACCUGGUCCUGCUCGAAGGCGGCAGUGGUUGAGAGGAAGGGCGCAGGGCUCUCGGGUGUGAGGAUCUUUCCUCUGGGCUGACUUCCUUGGAGCACCUACUUGACAGUGGUAUAUCUCAAGGGUAUACCGCCAGCUGGAGCUGCAGAGCACCCGUUAAAUGGAGGACCUGGUCCAUCUGUGCACCUACCUCCCGCCCCGCCAAGCAUCUGUACAGGCACUCACCUCUGGCCUCCGGAGACCAUCCUGCCCCCGAACCUGGAAAUGUGAAACCAUCACCUGCAACCUGCAGGGCAAGUGGGCCUAUCCAAGUUCUAUUACAAGAACACUUUUUACGAGGUUGAUUAAAGCUUGUUUUUUAAGCUGCGUCUCAUUACUUCAGGG